AUGCCUAAAAAUGAUGAUUCUUAUGAUCGCAACUUGAUUGGAAUUGAAUCACGUGUAGAAAAAGUGGAAUGGUUGAUAAAUGAUAAGCAAGUUAUGGGGAUUUGGGGGAUGGGAGGCACUGAUGAUUUUAACCAUUUAAAAAAUUUAGCAGGAGAGUGUGAUUUGUAUUGUGAGGGAAGUAGAAUCAUUGUAACUAGUAGAUAUCGGCAAGUACUUGAAUAUGUUUGUUCAAAGGAUGGCAUAUAUGAGGUUGAGAAUUUAAUUCAUUCUCAAGGUUUGGAACUCUUUAGCUUGCAUGCCUUCAAGCAAAAUCUUCCCAAGGAAGGAUAUAUGGAGCUAUCAGAGAAGGCAACAACCUAUGCUGGAUUCAAUCCAUUAGCUCUUAAAGUUUUGGGAUCUCAUUUAUUAAAUAUGGGGAUAGAAGAAUGGAAAAGUGAAUUGAAAAAAUUAAAAGGCGAAUCUCUUGAGAAAAUUCAAGAUGUUUUGAAAACAAGUAAUGAUGAGCUUGGAAAGAUUGAAAAGAAAAUAUUUCUUGAUGUUGCAUGUUUCUUCAAAGGGCAAAAAUAA